AUGGAAGUUUGUGUUGAUGAAAAAACUUUCUACGAAAAGUUAGAAUCCUUAAAGCCCGGAGAAAGUAAAGUUACAGUUUAUAUCGACGACUCGUUUUAUGAAAAUGCGAAGAAUUAUCUGCAAACUCUUCCGAAAUUUCAACAAGGCAAAGAACAUGAGUCACAUGCCGAACUUUCCAAGCGUGAUAUCAGCACUAUAAAACGGAAAGGAGGGACUCUAAAGGGCGAAGAAAUUGUUACCGCAAAUAACAAGGUCGUUGUACCGAAAAGUAAGCUGCACAAAGUUCUCUGUGAAUGUCACUCUUCGACCGCGCACCGUGGAAGAGACAAAACCAAUACUUACGUGAAAGGUAUUUAUUCUGAAAUACCACAACAAGUUGUAUCUUUGUUUACAAGUUUGUGUAAACUGCAUGCCCAACAGAAGAGCAUUACCGACCACAAGAAGCGACCGAUAACAAACAGAAUCAGCUGA